UUUGGUGUUUAGAGAGCCACAAGAGCAGGUAAUGAGUUUCGAUCCCAGUAUCACCUGGAAUCGGGAGGGGAGCUCUAACCACUUGAAUUAUCUCUCACACUCUUGUACCACUGAAUGUACAAUGGUAGUUUUUGAUCAUCCAAUAAUAGUAUUAAUCACCCAAUGGUCCUACUCUUAAUUUAGAAUAUGUAUAUACAUGUAAUUACACUCUUACCCCUUGUCUGCAUUUCUCUAUGCAUAACGAAACUCCAUUAGGACAAGCUCGAACUUAUAUCUUCCUUAUAUCUUCUUUAUAUCAAUACAAAUUACCAUUGGUACAUAGUCAUAUUUCAAUACAGUCCUUACCAAUUAAAAAUUGCAGAGGACCAAAUAGGCAAAUAUUAGCCAUUUUACAUAAACAGUACAACUAUUAUAAGUACAUCACCAACUGUGAAACUAACUAGCCUCCCCUCCUUCAAAAAAAAAAAAGUAAAAAAAAAAAAGGGGUGUGAUAUUGAUAUUACCCUCUCGGAUUGGCUUCUCUUUCCUCCUAACUUUCAUCACACUCAGUGCGCCCACCGUUUUUGAACGGAAGUAUUCAUCAGUCAUCACUAUGAUUCCCUUUGCUGUUCUUUAUGAAACUUUCAGCUUUCUGGAUACUUUAGUCAGGGCAGUAGGACUGGAUGAGGGAAUGCGAAUUCUUGAGGGAAAAACUGAGUUCUUAAGCGCCAGGAUACAGGACAUUGAAGGAGCAUUGCUUUCUGCUUCUACUCAGCAAGUCAAGAAGAGAAAAAGGGAAGAUGACCUCUUGAUCUGGGUGUCUAAGGGUCAUGCGCUUGAGCAGAAAGCGAGAAAGUUAUUAGGAGAUGGCGGUCAAGUACUUUCAGAGAAGAAAAGAAAAUGUGGGGAAGGUAGAAUCUCUUUUCAACGCUGUGCAAAGCUGGUAGACGUUCACAAGUUGAAUGAGACACUGUCAGCUCAUGAAAAAGAGGCUGAUAUCCUUUUGGGAUGUGGUUUGUUUGAUGCGCGAGGUCCUGAUCGUGGUAAACUUAUACCAGUGGGAGAUUUAUUGGGGCAAGUUGCUUCAGAUGGUCUGCAGCAACUUCAAACUCUGUUGCUAGAUGAUAAUGUUGGAAGGAUUGCUAUUCAAGGGAUGGAAGGAAUUGGCAAGACCUUUUUGAUGAAGCACCUGCACAAUUCUGCAUUGAAAUGGGUUGAGGGAUUUUAUUACAAUUUCUGGAUCACUUGUCCUCGUCAGUUCAGCAUCAGGCAUGUACAAGAUGCUGUCGCUGCUGCAGUGAAGUGUGAUCUUCCCUGCGACGGUGACUUAAAUUUAAGGGCUAAAAAACUGUCAGAUACGCUUACAGGUCUUGGAAGUUUUGUGAUUUACCUAGAUGGCAUACCAGACGUACAACUUUCCCUGGUUCAGAUAGGAAUUCCAGUCCCUGCAAAAGGAAGUAAGAGCAAACUAGUUAUAACUACAAGGUCUACUUGUGUUUCUAAAAUUCUGGACUGUUGUAGAACAGUUAAAAUUGAUAGUCUCUCAGAUAUAGAAGCAUCCCAAUUGUUCAGAAAUGAAGCAAGAAUCAGCAUGACUUCUACUUCUAGCUCGCUUGCAAAGAUGUGUCAUGGGGUGCCACGCAGGAUUGUAGACAUAGCUACUCAUAUGUGUGGCAUUGAUGACCCUUGUGAAUGGAGAAAUGCACGUUUUGAGCUUAGGAACCUUGAGAAGGGUGACAAACUUCCGUAUUAGACCAUAUUUGGUGUACUCUACAAAAUUAGAAUAAAGAGGACCUGAGUUGAGGGUUACUUGUAAAUAUUUGUAGCUUAUAUAUAGUUAAAUCACUUUCAAUUGAUAGUUGCUAUUGCAAUAACAA